AUGCCCCCUCCGGGUGGAAAUAAGAGAAAAAGGCCAGACCGUACCUAUUCAGAUGAUCAACAGGCCCCUCGGCCUUCACCUCAUCGACCCGGAAACUUGAACCUUGCUCAUCAAGGCCCGCAGUCCCCUGGCAAUGAUCGUGAUUUCUCACACAUCCGCGGCGGCCGCAACUCCAGAAGACCUAGCAGAGGUGGCCGUGGGGGUAAUGUGGUGUCCAGCGCGGUGAACAGCCCUGUCGACAACCCUGACUCUGCUUCCACUAUCCCCAACCCCGAGCCUAACCAUACAAACGGCACGAUGGACACUCCACCGAAUAUUGGCAAUACGCCAUUCGAACUAUCUGAAGCCCCCUCUGCUCUCCAACCAUUCAAUUAUAUCUAUGUUACGGACGAAGCAAUUGCGUCGUGGCAAGGUAGUGGCAAGGACGAAGUGCUCCGAAAGGCUCUAGAAGAGCUGCAAGAAGUUGAGAGAACCAAGUUGACAGCUAUCAUGCACGAGCUAGUGGAAUCCGUCAUAUACGGGAGAAUUAAUCCAUCCGAUGCCGGGCAGCUAGUCAAAGAAAUCUUGGACACUGAGAAGGUUGAAGAUGAUACCCACUCCGCACUCACACCAACAGACUCCCAGGCCACGCUGCUAGAUUGCAUAUCCAUUCUUUUCGAUGCGAACCCGGAGCUACCCAAGGAUAGAUUAGCAGUCUUUCUUUUGGCAACCAACAUCGCUCACGAGUUGCUACGCCUUGAGCUCGACGCAGCUGUCCUCGAAAAGCUCGAGCUGAUUAGGAAUACAUUCAACCGCGUACUUAUCAGGAAACAGACCAAUAUUCUAUAUCGUCAAGCAAAUUUCAACCUGAUGCGUGAAGAGUCUGAGGGCUUUGCAAAAUUGAUUACAGAACUUUUCACAACGAGCAACAACGAGCCACCUACGGCAGAGGUCGUCGAGGACACGGUGGAGAAGGUUAAAGCCAUGAUUGGAGCAUUUGAUCUUGACGUUGGGCGAAGCUUGGAUGUCGUUUUGGACGUUUUUGGCGCAGUCCUCGUCAAGCAGUUUCGAUUCUUCGUCAAAUUCCUACGAGCCAGUCCCUGGUGGCCCAGACAAACAGUGACAGCAAGGAAGGCAUCUGCAAUUGGAGGGCUACCCCUUUGGGCUUUGCCCGGCUCGACUGACUGGCACCUCACAGAUGAGCAGAGACAACUUGUUGCCAAAGAGGCAGAGGCUCGAGACUCGACAUUUUGGCAGAUUGCUAGGCAGCAAGGUCUAAAGGCUUUUCAUCAUCUUGGAAGGCCCCAGAUCUCACCAGAGCAGCUCGACCGAGCUUCUGAAGCAUCGGGAGAUGAUCUAUGGGCAAAAUGGGUGCGAGAGACGGGCACAAUGCCUCCAUUAGGCAAUCGAGACGCAGCGCAACUACUGGGCUUCAAGCUACGAUUCUACUCUUCCUCUGCCGCACGAGAUGAGGCUGAUGUUUUGCCUGACAAUCUCAUCUACCUCGCAGCUUUGCUAAUCAAAAUUGGGUUUAUCUCCCUGAAGGACUUAUAUCCUCAUAUUUGGAGGACCGAUGAUGCGAUGGAGGAGCUCAAACAGCAGAAGACUAAAGAAAAGGCUGAGCGAGAGCGAUCUGCAAGACCAGGUGCAGGCGCGAAAAAUGCUUUACUGAUGGCGGGAGCUCUUGCUGAUGACACACUGCCCAUUCCCGCUCGCCUGAAAGACUCGAAUACGCGAGCAAGUACACCGUCUAAAGAAGUUGAUGCCGACAAAGCUACUCCAAAAGAGUCCAAUGGACCUGCAGAUCAGAAAGUUUUGUUGUUGAAGAGCCUCCUCGCUAUUGGCGCUCUUCCAGAGGCGCUCUUUAUCCUUGGGAAAUUCCCGUGGUUAAUGGAACUUUACCCUGACCUCCCGGAAUACAUCAAUCGUAUUCUGCAUCAGUGUUUGAGCAAAAUCUAUGGUGCUAUCAGGCCGCUUCAAGACCGCUCUACGUUGAGAAACCCGGCGCCAUGUUAUGAAACCGACAUUCCAGGGCUGCAGAAAGGCCAAGUUAAGGUUGUCGACACUACAGAGAAAAAGACACUUCGAUGGCCGCUACUUGACAAAAGUGAUAGUGCAGAUGGAACUAACUAUCGCUUCUACUGGGAUGAGUGGAACGAUAAUAUUCCGAUUUGCCAGAGCGUGGACGACCUCUUCACCCUAACUGAGACCUUACUGCCUCUUGUCGGUGUUAAGAUUGGCCAAGACCCUAUCCUUCUCCUCAAAUUUGCUCGAAUUGGCAAGCACAGUCUCCAUACAGACCGCAGUGAGUUCAACCGGGCAAGGUGGCUGGACUUGAGCAAACGUAUUUUGCUUCCUGCUUUGAGUCUUACGAAAUCUAAUGCCGGAGUCGUCAACGAAGUAUUUGAGCUUAUUAGCAAUUUCCCUGUUAGCGUCCGCUAUCUCCUCUACGUGGAAUGGUCGAGCGGGAAAACUUCACGAAAUCCAGAUAUCAAAGCGGCAUUCGAUCAGGCCAAGGCUGAAACGAAAGAUAUUCUCAAGCGGAUUUCUAAUACCAAUGUACGCCCGAUGGCCAGAGCUCUCGCCAAAAUCGCCUUCGCUAACCCACACAUUGUCAUCACUACUGCUCUCCCUCAAAUUGAAGUGUACGAUAGCAUUGCUGAAGUGUUCGUAGAGGGUGCGCGCUACUUCACCGACCUUGGUUAUGAUAUUCUCACCUGGGCAGUGGUGAGUUCAAUGGCAAGAACGGGCAGGGAUCGAAUUCAAGAAGGUGGCAUGUUCACCAGCAAAUGGCUCAUCGCGCUUUCACAAUUCGCAGGCAAGAUCUACAAGCGGUACGGGAUGAUGAGACCUGGCCCUGUCCUUCAAUAUGUGGUUGAACAACUUGAGCAGGGUAAAACUGCGGACUUGAAGAUGCUGGAACAGAUCGUGGCCUCCAUGGGUGGAAUUGCGACCGAUACGAGCUACAAUGAUGCUCAGCUGCAAGCCAUGGGAGGCGGUCCACUUCUUCAAGCCCAGACUAUUCUUCAAGUCCUCGACCGGCGGCACGACUCCAAGAAGACCUCGGAAAGGCUUAUGAAGUCGUUGCAUGAUACAGGUCUUGCUGCCAAAUUCCUGAUCGCUCUCGCUCAGCAGCGGCAGGCUUGUGUUUUUGACCAAGGCGAUGUGCCCUUGAAAGCUAUGGGAAAUACAUAUGAUGAAGUGCAACGAGUGAUGGUGCAGUAUCUGGAUCUGCUUCGUUACAAUCUAUCUACAGAAGAGUUUGCUUCAGUCAUUCCCGACGUGACUAGCCUCCUGAUCGAUUACGAGGUUCGCCCUGAAGUUGCAUUCUGGAUCAGUCGACCUAUCAUUGCUAAGCAAAUGCAAGACUUCGAUAGAGAGAACAAGAGUCAACAGGCAGAUGGAGCUCACGACCUUAAAGGAAUCAAUGGCGAUACCGAAACAUCUGACCAGCUCAACGGUGGCAUCUCAGAAGAAGACGGUGAAGCCCAAGAAGUGGACGAUAUGCACGAUUCUCCAGCAGAUACAAGCACCCCAGGACUGGGCUUAGAACCAGAGUCGGCAAGCAAACUGCCAGGACUAGAAGCUCCAGUAGGAGAUUGUUGGCAUCCUGUCAUGAAGGAGGUGAUGGCUUCGAUUGAGCCACAUUUACCUGAGGAAGUCGUGGAAAUCAUUGGUACAGGCUUUUAUACUACCUUUUGGCAACUAGCACUCUACGACAUCACAAUCCCAGGCAAGUCCUACGAAGAUGAAAUUUCGCGGCAAAAAAAGAAAAUCGCUGCAAUCGCAUCGGACCGAUCAGAUGUCAGCGCCUCUGGGACGAGAAAGAAAGAACUUGCGAAGAAAGAGCUGACAGAACUCAUGGACAGAUUGCUAGCAGAGAACAAAGAUCACCUGAAAGCCUUCAGUGAUAGUAAAGCCAAACUUCAGCGAGAGAAAGAUAAAUGGUUUCUUGGGAAGGCAAGGAUGGACAAACUGCUUAACGCCUCCCUCAUGGAGCACUGUUUUCUGCCUCGGCUCCUAUCCUCGCCACUGGAUGCCUACUUUUGCUUCAAGUUCGUCAAAUUCCUUCACGGCGCUGGUACACCGAAUUUCAGGACUCUUGGAUUCUACGACCUACUUUUCAAACCAGCGAGACUCACAUCUCUCAUUUUUAUCUGUACUUCGAAAGAAUCUGACAACCUUGGACGAUUUCUCAAUGAAAUAUUGAAGGAUUUGGGGCGAUGGCAUGCUGCAAAACAAACGUAUGAACGAGAGGGCUGGGGCAUCAAGAAAAAUCUCCCAGGCUUUGCACUGAAAGUCGAGGCGGGUAAAGUCGUGUCGCUGUUGGACUUCGACAGUUUCCGGAGGGUAUUGUACAAAUGGCACAGCAACCUCUUCCAUGCUCUUGUCAAGUGCCUGACAUCUCCGGAGUAUAUGCAUGUUCGGAACGCGAUAUCUGUAUUACGGUCCAUCUCAAUGGUGUUCCCUGCAAUUAACUCUCAUGGUGUAGGGUUGCAGAAGGCUGUCGACAAACUAGGAGAAUCUGACAAGGAAGAUCUCAAGGUGUCAUCGCAAGCACUUCUAGGAGCUCUCCAUCGACGGGAGAAGCUAUGGAUGACACCUUCAAAAUUCCGAGACGGCCACGACGCUAAUUCUGAGUCGGAGCAGAUUGCAAGUCAACCCAAAGCCAUUGGAGCAAAGCCAUCAGCGACCGUUGCUAAGCCUGUUACGAAUGCUGGUGAGGAUGGAGAAGUCAAGGACACAAUAAUGACAGAUGCUCCUGAACAGCCGAGAGCAAGCGACGAGCAAGAGUCGGAAUCAGAAGCUGCGGCAAAAUCAAUCCCGGCAGAACCUGUUGCAAAACCAGAACCCGCAAUUGGCUCACCCAAACCGAUCUCAAGAGCAGCACCAACACAAGGCUCAUCUACACCCUCCAGACAGGUCGUUGAGCCUCAAGUUUCUGGCAAACGAGAGCCAAGGCCAGUACGCUCGGAUGUGGCGAAGCCAAAUAAUCUUCCCAGACGACUCUCUCCGCCCACGAGAGGUCCGCCUCCAGCACACCUUCCCAGUCGCCCCGAACCUCCAGACUUACGCAAUGGGCAAAGAGACAGUCCGCGCCUUCCAACAAGACAGUUAGGAGACUUGAGGACUGGUCCUGACACUCGACCGUCACACAGUAGAGACGUGAGAUCCGGUUACCGAGGGCCGGAAUCUGCCACUUACGAUGAAUAUGAUCGUCAUCCUCGCAGAUAUGAUACACGCGAAGGGCCCCUUCCAAUUAGCCGGGAAGACAGGGGCUAUGCACGGGAGAGAGAGCAUGAGCGACCGCCGCCACCUUAUGAGAGACCCCGCCCUUUGGAAAGAGCGGCGCCACCAGUGCGACCGCCCCCAGGAGAACGAGAACGCGAACCACGAGAUUCGGCUUCCCGUACUCGACCUUCAGGGCCUCCUGAGGUGGCAGCUCUUGAAAACCCUUCGCAGAAGAGCAGUUCGCAACGAAAAGAGCCACCAUCUCAGUCAACAGCAGCACCAUCAAUCAACCCUGAACGAGCAGCUUUGAUUGAGGGCAGCAAUGAGCCAAGACUCAGCCUCUCUACUCGGGUACAGAUGCAAGAUCGGCCAUCUCGAUCCUCACGCCCAUCCUCUCCUCGACGCGAAGAGGAGAGACGAACAUAUCCGCGACGUGAGAACGAGGACCGAUCGUUACCAGAUCGCCGUGCUGACCUCCUAGCCUCCCGGUCUUCAGGACCGACCUCAGGGACUAUCAGCGACUCUCUUCAUGGACCGACUCCUCGAUCAGGGCCGCGAGAUAGUACCCCAAGAGAAUCGAAAAGCCUUAGACAACCUCCUGUUGAUAUGCAGCAUGGCCGGUUGGAACAAGAACCACCGGCCCGGCCUUUGGCUUCGGUGAACGUAGAUCGAGCGCCAGCCUCGGAUGUCCCAUCGGGCCCUCGUACCAGACCGCCGCCUCUCAAUGGACCCAAAAGCGGUCGUGGGCCCCAGGUCGACACCCAACUUUCUCCCCCCGGACAUGGUGAAAGACCCACACCUACCGGACAUGGUGAAAGACCCACACCUACCGGACCUUCAGCCAGGCGACAUGGUCGAACCAGCUCGUACAAUGAAGCUCCGGUCACACCAAAUACGCCUGAUUCUACAGGAGUUCAUCCAUCUCGGCUCAACCAAAUCGAUGCGGCGACAACUGAGGGACCUCGGCCAAAUCCUGCGCCGACAUUACCUCUGCAAGCACCCCCCCCGGCGGGGCCACGAGGUCAACCACCUCCUGGUGCUCCAUCGGGACCUUCACCUACAACCCGCGCCCCACCUGCUGGCCCACAUAUGGGUGAUGGAGGAGCUGGCCGUGGAGGUCGCAAUAACCGACACCCACUGACUGCAGUCAACAACACGUUGGCUCAAGCUGGCCAGGGAACUUCAAUAAGAGGACGAGGAGGCAGUAGCGUGAGACAAGGCAGUGGAACAUUCGGCUCGCACAUGCAGCCUCCGCCGCCGCCCCCUCCCCCAGGCGGACCACCACCACCGAAUGGAUACGCUUCUCAUCAAGAUCUCUUCGCGUCAUCAAAUCCAAACGAGCUCCCUGUGGGCAACCGUCCAUCAGCCACGCGGCAUACCAAUAGCCGAGAUCGGCGCAGCGAUUAUGACAAUGAUCGAGGGUCGGAAAGAAGACCAACGAGACAUUCAGGUAGGCAAGAAGAUAUUCGUGGAGAUCGGGACCACCAGGGCAGACCAGAAGCUCGAGAGGGGAAAGAUGAGCGACAUGGACCCCCAGAUGCAUCACGACAUAGGGAGAGGUCGAGUCGGCGAGAUGAGCACGGCCAGGGACAAGAAGGCGAAGAUCGCAGAGGCGGCGGCGGAGGGUAUGCAAGAUCUGGCCCACAGAGAGAUGACCAGUCCACAAGAAAACAUGGAAGAGGAGAGGACCCUCCCUCAUAUGGAGGAGGACCUGGGGCUGAACGUGGAGGGGGUAGCAGCGGAAGAGGUGGCUCGCGAGCACCUGGCGAUAACAAGCGACCCAGGAGAGGUCCGUGA